AUGUCCUGCACCGCAGGCCCUGGGAAUUGCCCUCCGAAAUGGCGUUCCCUGGUAGCAAAAUUUAGUCGCACUGGCCGCUGCAGUUCUUCCCUCUCUGCUGUUGCCAUAACUGUAAGAAAAAAGAAACAUCGACUGGUUGUUUGCGCUACUCCUGCAACCACGAUCAACGUCCCAACGCACACGCAAAUGGAUGGUACUUCGGGUUGGUGCCCGUACAGCGUUACGCGAAGAGUUUUCGCAGAGAUAUUCGACCCUGUAAUAAAGGACCGACACAACGGGUAUGAUGUUGAUGAUUUUCAUACCACCGACCUGGACUACAGAAAGAUUCGUGGAGGAAUAUUUGAUCCAAAGUACGUGUUGUCAUCGCGAGUGCGCACCGGUCGUAGCAUACGCGGAUUUGCGUUGCCAACGAAAUGCAACCGAGCAGAACGUCGCGAAGUUGAAAAGAUUGUCAUCAACGCUCUUGGAAGUCUGCAGGGCGACCUGAAAGGCAAAUAUUAUCCUCUGAAAGGCAUGACUGAGAGCGAGCAGCAACAACUGAUCGACGAUCAUUUUCUAUUUGAUAAACCUGUAUCGCCUUUGCUUACGUCAGCUGGAAUGGCACGUGACUGGCCAGAUGCUCGUGGAAUCUGGCACAACUUCAAUAAAAACUUCCUCGUUUGGAUCAACGAAGAAGAUCAUACGCGUGUGAUCUCUAUGGAAAAAGGUGGAAACAUUCGGUCAGUGUUCGAACGAUUCUGUCGAGGGUUGCAAUUGGUUGAAAAGAAGGUGAAAGAGCAGGGCAGUGAUUUCAUGUGGAAUCAGCAUUUGGGAUACAUUCUUACGUGUCCAUCGAACCUCGGAACAGGAUUACGCGCAGGUGUUCACAUAAAGCUGCCGAACGUUUGCAAGGAUAAGAGAUUUGACGCCAUCUUGAAGAAACUCCGCCUACAGAAACGUGGCACUGGAGGUGUUGACACCGCCUCUACCGACGGCACAUUCGACAUCUCCAAUCUAGAUCGUCUCGGAAGAUCAGAGGUGGAGCUUGUUCAAACCGUUAUCGAUGGCGUUGACUGUCUCAUCAAGAUGGAGAAACAAUUAGAGCAGAACAAGUCCAUCACCCACAUGAUUCCCGCCUGAGCUAGCAUUCUCUCCGUUCCUUUUAUACCGUCGACAAAAUAAAUAAAGUGUACUUUUAUAGACGAAUUUUAUAAAUAAUUAUUGGAAUGUUCAAAGUCGAACUAAUUUAUUAUCAGGAUGAUAUUGUACAAUAGUGAAUUCUGAUGUAGAAUAAAGCUG